CUACUCGCUAUCUAUACAGACGCCUCUUCUAUUAAGAAAGGCACAGGAAUAGGAAUAGGAGUUACUGCUCUAGACUAUAAACAGCAGGCUAAAGAAAUCUACUCUACUAAAUACAAUAUUGGCAAAGGCCAGAUUGUAUACAAUGGAGAGCUAGAAGGCAUAACAAGAGCCUUUGAGUUUGCAGCUUCUAUAGCUAUAGCAACACAAGAGAUCCAAACCCUAGGACACCUAGAUAUCACAGGAAAUGAAAAAGCAGACGUCUUAGCAAAACAAGCUACAAAACAGCAACCAGUAUCUAAUACCACAAGCCUUGCAAUGACAGGUAUUAGGAUUAAAGCUAUUGCAAGACAAGAGUGGCAACAGAAACUCUAA